CCCGAUCCUGAAUUCCCGAUCGAGCCCCUCUUCCUCUCGUUCUUUGUCUUCCCGAAUCGUCUCUCUCUCGACUCCUCUUCUCUCCCGGGAGUAAAAAAAAAAGAACCCUAGCCGCUAACACCACCUGGAGCGAGCGCGUCCCUCCCGGCCUUGGCGGAGCGCCCCGACGCGGCGAGGCGGGUCUCCUCUGCUGAGAGUUCGCCACCGUGCCGCCUACAGGAAGCGGCGGUGUCCCGUUCGGUUGGUUCGGUUAAACCUGUGUUCAAGUAAGUUCGUACAGGGAGCGAUGGUUCCCCAGGGCCAGAGCAGCUCGCUCCAGCGCCUCCACCACGUCGAGAAGCGGAUAGUGCGGGUGCUGGAGCUGGCGGGGGCGGUCAUGGAGGAGCUGGGAAACUCGCAGGGUCCCCGCGCUGACGCUGUAGCCGCCCAAUGCCGCGAGUUCAUGCUCUCUAUGAAGGAAAUUCAAACAACAUUGCGAGAGGAAAUAAAAAGUGCUUGUGAAUAUCGUCCAUUUGAGAAGUGUGACUACAGUGCAAGGAUUGCUAAUGAGAUUUGUUGCAAAAAGCUGGAGUAUGUAAUUGAGAAGAUGGAUGCCAUGCAACUGAACAUUGAGCAAAGCACUGAUGAAGUUUAGCUAGUUACCUGGCUACCUGACGGUGAUCUGCCUUCAAGAACUGAGGAGCCUUUCUUUCAGGGUUAGCAGCAGCAGAGAUCUCACUGAGCGGUUUACAUCAGGAAUGGCGAAUUGCUGACGAAGCAUUCAUUAGAUUGCUCACAACGCUUUGGUCAACUCUGCAAAUGUAAUUGUUGUUCUAGUUACAGUGCAUUGGACUAGGAGUUGUGUACUACUACUAUUAACUUCUACUCCCUCCGUUUCAAAAUAGUUGUCGUAGUUUUAGUGCAAGUUUACACUAAAACAGCAACAAGUAUUUAGGAACGGAGGGAGUACAAUGGCAUUGCCUUGGAACCAUUCCAGUCAUGUAGAAAGGGCUUGAAGCGUGGUGACACAGCUCUGCUUUAAAAAUCCUCUUACGUAGCGGUGCAUAGAUUGCAACAGAAGAGACCGUUGCUGCACUAAACUAUGUCAGCCUGCUACCGCCGAUUUUUCUGUAUUUGAUGUUGAUGAGUGCAAUAGAUUCUAGUGUUGAUGCCAUGUAGUGGUUAUUUC